AUGGCUGGAAGGAAUGACGCUGCAAUGGCUGCCGCAAUGCAAGCAAUGGCACAAGCUGUGCAGAACUUGCCAAAUGCUGGUGGAGAUGCUGGAUCACGUAGCUUGGCGACUUUUCAGAGAGAGAAUCCGCCGGUGUUUAAAGGGAAGCAUGAUCCAGAUGCAGCCUUGGGAUGGUUGAAAGAGAUGGAGAGAAUCUUCCGUGUUAUGGAUUGCACUCCAGCUCAGAAGGUUCGGUAUGGUACUCACAUGCUAGCAGUCGAAGCUGAUGACUGGUGGCUAGAGACUCACGAGAGGUUGACCAUGGCAGGUGAAGUCAUUACUUGGGAUGUAUUCCGUAGGGAAUUCAUGAGAAAGUAUUAUCCGGAAGAUGUCCGUGGUAAGAAGGAAAUUGAGUUCCUUGAGCUGAAGCAAGGAAACAUGUCUGUCACUGAUUAUGCUGCAAAAUUUGUGGAGUUGUCCAAAUUUUAUCCUCAUUACACUGGUGCUGGUGCUGAAUUUUCAAAGUGCAUCAAGUUUGAAAACGGACUGCGCUCUGAAAUUAAGAAGGCUGUUGGGUAUCAGAAGAUACGCAUUUUUACUGAAUUGGUUGAUAGCUGCAGGAUAUUUGAAGAAGACAAUAAUGCUCAUUACAAGAUUGUCAGUGACCGCAAGGGCAAGCAACAUCAAAACCGUGGCAAGCCGUAUGAUGCUCCAGCUGGAAAAGGGAAGCAAAGAGCUGCUCCGGCUCAGAGAGCUAGUGGGGGAGGUGCUCCUGCUGGUAUAGUUUGCUUCAAAUGUGGUCAGGCUGGUCAUAAG